AUGGCUAACAUCCCCUCUCUUGGGUCUUCUUUGGUUUUCUUAGUUGUUUUCUUUGCCACUUUGAGUGCAGUUUGUGAUGCUGAUGAUGAAGAAAGAAAGAUUCACAUAGUAUAUAUGGGAGCUCUCCCUGAAGGAGAAUAUUCACUAUCAUCUCAGCACUUCAGUUUUGAUGGUGUGGUGUCAGUUUUCCCAAGCAAAACUCUUCAUCCUCAAACAACAAGAUCUUGGGACUUCAUGGGUUUCUCUGAGAAUGUCCAUCGAAAUCCUACCAUCGAGAGUAAUGUCAUAGUUGGGGUUAUCGACACCGGAAUUUGGCCUGAAUCGGAGAGUUUCAACAGUGAAGGCUUUGGUCCUCCACCCAAGAAAUGGAAGGGAAAAUGUAAAGGCGGCCAAAAUUUCACUUGCAACAACAAAAUCAUCGGAGCUCGGUAUUACACCUCCGAUGUCUCGGCCAGGGACAUUAUGGGCCAUGGAACCCAUACUGCCUCAAUAGCAGCCGGAAACCUCGUAAAACAAGCCAGUUUUUAUGGACUCGCACAAGGAACUGCAAGAGGAGGGGUACCCUCAGCCAGAAUAGCUGCAUAUAAAGUUUGCCACCCUGACAUUGGUUGUAGAGAGACUGACAUACUAGCAGCUUUUGAUGAUGCAAUAGCCGAUGGAGUCGACAUUAUUACAGUUUCAUUAGGAGUACAAUUUGUUACAGAUUUGACCUAUGAUAGCAUUGCAAUCGGAGCGUUUCACGCGAUGGAGAGAGGUAUACUCACUACUCAUUCUGCCGGUAAUGCCUUUCAUGCGGGGACAGUGGUCAGUGUGGCGCCAUGGAUGCUCACUGUCGCAGCAAGCAGUACAGAUCGUCAAAUCAUUGACAAAGUUGUUCUUGGGGAUGGAAGAACACUUGUUGGUAAUGCAGUUAAUCAAUUCAAGGUGAAUGGUACAAAACACCCUCUGAUAUAUGGAAGUGAUGUUACAAAAACAUGUGAUGAAUUCAGUGCUCAAUUGUGCUCUGAAGGGUGUUUAGACAGUGGAUUAGUGAAAGGAAAGAUUGUAUUAUGCAAUGAUGCUAAGGGUAUAAAAGAAGUUCAUAGAGCUGGUGCCUUUGGAGCAAUUGCACAAAGUGGAGAACUAACAGAUGUUUCUAUUAUUGUCCCCUUGCCUGCAUCGGUUUUAAGUGCCAAAGACAUUGAUCUGGUCCAAAGAUACAUGAAUUCCUCAAAAAUGCCUAGAGCAAGAAUAUCUCGAAGUGAGCCAGUACGCAAUUUUAGUGCUCCUUUUGUUCCUUCUUUUUCUUCAAGAGGACCAAAUACAAUCAUACCAGAGAUUUUGAAGCCAGAUAUAGCUGCCCCGGGUGUUGAAAUCUUGGCUGCAUAUUCACCGGCUGCUUCACCAUCUGAAGACCCCCUCGAUAAGAGAUCUAUCAAAUACAACAUAUUAUCCGGGACAUCCAUGUCAUGCCCCCAUGCUGCUGGUGCAGCAGCAUAUGUAAAAUCUCUGCACCCCGAGUGGUCGCCUUCAGUCAUCAAAUCUGCUCUUAUGACGACAGCCUGGCGAAUGAAUGCAACCAAAAAUCCAGAUGCUGAGUUCGCGUAUGGAGCUGGGCAUAUAGAUCCUGUAAAAGCUUCAAAACCUGGACUUGUCUAUGAAUCCAUGAAAGAAGACUACGUCAAAAUGCUGUGCAACAUGAAAUACGAUGAAUCGAAGCUUAGAAAAAUAUAUGGAGACAACACUAUCUGCCCAAAGGGGACUAAAGGGGCACCAAAGGAUCUCAAUUACCCUUCAAUGGCUGUUCGUGUUGCAGGAGCGACGCCUUUCACUGUUCAAUUUCCGAGAACAGUCACAAAUGUUGGACUUGCAAACUCAACAUACAAAGCAACAAUCAUCAAGAAUUCUCAUUUGAGGGUCAUUGUCAAGCCUAGCAUUAUUUCCUUCAAAUCAUUGAAUGAGAAGAAAUCGUUUGUUGUGUUUGUCAAUGGGAAGGUAUCGGAUUCACUGGAAUCUGCUGCACUGGUUUGGUCUGAUGGCACUCAUAGUGUACGAAGUCCGAUUGUAGUGUUCACAGAUAUAUUUUCUGGUGUUUGA